CUGUGUGCGCUCCAGAGUCAGCAGCAAGCGAAGGUGCACUAAGUCCACCGGCUCCCCGUCAACAAGACAGCGUGUGGGGCUGAGCCGACCACUGGCAACUCCGAAGAGUGACACAGACAGUGAGGAGGAGGAGAAGAGGAAGCAGAGGAAGAAGAAGAAGAGGAAGAAGAGGACAAGGAGGCAGAGGAGGACCGGAGACAGACUCCAAGCCCUCCACUGGUAAAAGGAGACAUCACUUUGGGACUGUAGCAUCCUUAAACCCCCUCGAACCCCCCCAAGCCACAACAGCACAGAGGGGCACUGUCUCAUCUCGUGCAUGUGUCUGUGCCUGCCAACUUCAAUUUCACGCUCGCCCACAGUUUUGUGUAGGUUUUGCCCUCUCCACUCCCCAGUCAUGAUCCCGUGGGUCCUCCUGCUCCUGUGGAUCUCCGGACACGGGGCAGAGGCCGUGUUUUCCCAGCAGCCACAGGACCUGGUGGUGGUGGCGGGUCAGCCUGUCACGUUACCGUGCACAAUCCCUGGUUACCAUGGCGUAGUCCUGUGGAUCAAAGAUGGCCUAGCGCUGGGAGUUGGCAGAGACCUCGCUGGCUAUCCUCGUUACACGGUGAUUGGCGACCAUGGUUCAGGAGAGCAUCAUCUGCGUAUCCAGCGGGUUGAGCUCAUGGAUGAUGCUGUGUUUGAGUGCCAGGCCGUCCAGGCGGCCAUGAGGUCCCGUCCCGCCCGUCUCACUGUGCUGGUUCCCCCAGAGGACCCAGUCAUCAGCGGAGGGCCAGUGGUGAGUUUGAGGGCUGGAGACCCGCUCAAUCUGACGUGCCAUGCUGACAACGCCAAGCCAGCAGCCUCAAUCAUUUGGAUCCGCAAUGGCGAGGUCCUCAAUGGGGCCAUGUACUCCAAGAGCUUGCUGCGGGAUGGUAGAAGAGAAAGCACUGUGAGCACGCUCUACCUUUCAGCCUCCAACAUCGAGACAGGUCAGCAGAUCAUCUGUAAGGCCUCCAACAAGGCAGUUCCCAAUGGCAAGGAGACCAGUGUCACAAUUGACAUCCAGCAUCUCCCACUCGUCAAUCUCUCGGUGGAGCCUCAACCUGUUCAGGAGGGCAACCCUGUGAAAUUCCACUGCUCUGCAAAGGCCAACCCUCCUGUCACACUGUACAGGUGGGCCAAAGGAGGAAGUAUAAUCAAGGAGGUCUCUGGAGACACGUACGAGGUUAUUGUAGACCAUUCCUUCUUUACGGAACCAGUCUCCUGCGAGGUUACCAACCCUCUUGGCAGCACCAACAUCAGCCGUAACGUUGAUGUUCACUUUGGCCCUCGCAUGGCUGCAGAGCCUCAGUCCUUGCAAGUGGACCUGGGAGCUGAUGCCGUGUUCAACUGUGCAUGGACGGGCAAUCCCUCCCUUACCAUAGUGUGGAUGAAGAGGGGAGCUGGUGUGGUUCUUAGCAAUGAUAACCUCCUGACACUGAAAUCCGUGAGACAAGAAGAUGCUGGGAAAUAUGUUUGCCGUGCUGUGGUCCCACAUGUCGGAGUCGGGGAGAAGGAGGUCUCACUCACUGUCAAUGGGCCACCUACUAUCUCCAGCACACAGACACAGCAAGCGUUACACGGAGAGAAGGGACAAAUCAAAUGUUUCAUCCGAAGUACACCUCCUCCAGACCGCAUUGCUUGGUCAUGGAAGGAAACCGUGUUGGAGUCUGGAACAUCCGGCCGCUACACAGUGGAAUCGGUCACCACAGAAGAAGGAGUGAUCUCCACGCUGACCAUGAGCAACAUUGUCCAAGCUGACUUCCAGACCAUCUACAACUGCACGGCGUGGAACAGCUUUGGCUCUGACACCGAGAUCAUACGCCUUAAGGAACAAGAAUCCCUCCCGGUGGCGGUGAUCAUCGGCAUUGCCCUGGGAGCGUUCGCGGCCCUUAUUGUCCUCAUGGGCACCAUCGGAGCGUUCUGUUGCACCCGCUCCCAGAGAAAUCUGAAAGGAGCCGUCUCGGCAAAGAAUGACAUCCGUGUGGAAAUCGUGCACAAGGACCACAACGCGGCGCGAGAGAACGAAGAGCACACGUCCAUGAAACAACUGAUGGUUGAGCGAGGAGAAUUCCAGCAGGAAUCUGUUCUGAAGCAGCUGGAGGUAUUACAAGAGGAGGAGAAGGAGUACCAGCACAUUAAGGACCCAACAAACGGCUACUACAGCGUUAAUACCUUCAAGGAGCACCACACGCCUACCAUGGCAGGGAAUCAGUCCACAGAAGUUAGGAACCCCACCAACACAGGUACCCUGGGCAAGCAGAGAGUACCGACUGGCAUGUCCUUCACCAACAUCUACUCCACCCUGGGAGCAGGUCCCAACCGCUUGUACGACUACAGUCAGCGCUUUGUGCUGGGCAUGGGCAGCAGCUCCAUCGAGCUCUGCGAGCGGGAGUUCCAGCGCGGCUCGCUUAGCGACUCCAGCUCAUUCAUCGACACACAGUGUGACAGCAGCGUCAGCAGCUACAAUAAGCCGGACGGCUAUGUGCAGUUCGACAAAGACAGCAAGGCAUCAGCCUCCUCCUCCUCCCACUAUUCCCAGUCAUCCUCGCAGAACUCUGACCUCACACGGCCCCUGCAGAAGCGCAUGCAGACCCAUGUCUGACCACCAGGGAGGGAGGGUGUUUCACCAGGCUGUAACACGAAGUCUGGAUUCUAAAACUGUGAAACAAUUAGCUCCCCUGAGCUGCUAAAGUAACUGUGUUACUGUGUGUUUCCUCUGGAUGCCUGGACUGGCUUUGACCUGCCAGAUGACUUGUCCAGACUUCUCAAUGUCCCACAAAAGUGGAUCAAGAGCCUUAUUUUUGUCAUGCUAACUCAUCAACCACCUUCAUUUUUUAAACACAAAAUCAGAAUUGUGCCACAAAGAGGUUAUUUGCCAACACACAGGCUGGGAGUCUAUAUAUUCAAUACUUGGCUUUGACAGUGGGAUUGUUGAAUAGGAAUAUGAGGCUUUUGUGUGACAAUCAGUUCCCAUGGCAAAGACAGUGUUUGCCUAUUGUUGUUACGAAAGUUGAAGCUCUCAGCACGACAAGCACGAUAAUGAGUGCGAGCCAAUGUCCUGCUGCUCUCCUGCAGUUUGAAGCACAAAAACGAAUGUGCACUUGGUUUUAGUUAAAAAACGAUAAUUCUUUCCUCACCCCUAACUACCCUUCCGACACUGUAUGCUAAGCAGAACUCGUUGAAACUCGUCACCUGUGUAGGUGGAAGAAAACUUUCCCCAUGUGCCCACAGACGUCUCAAGCACUGACAAAGAUCGGCAGUUUUUUCUCUCUCCGCAGCUGUAUCUGGGCCACAGAGCCGAGGAGAUAAAGCGGGGCCGAGUUCUCAUUUUAAAUCACUGAGUCAUUAUUUUACUUUGGCACUCUGUGAUAAAAAGAAUAUCAGUGUACAUAUUUGACUGCAAUUUCUUUUUUAGCAUCUAAUUUCUGACCGAUUGCCCUCAUUGAGGACUCUAAAUGAGACACGAGCGCCUCUUCUCCCCACAUAUCUUCUUUGCCUUGAGGGUCUGUUUGAACUGUGUCAAUACAAACUUCGACAAAGUGAGAUAGACAUACAGCAUCAGCUCCUCUGACGACGGGGAGUGGAUAUGUACCGCAACAAAUCCAGCUCCGAGGCCCCAGCUUCUCUCGCUAACGCCGCAGAUCAUCGGCCAUACACUUGGGAAUUAACUGUUAAAUGAAAUGUGGACAUUAUGUUUGAGCCGAGCUCCUUAUUGUGUUGUUAUCCCGUUGGUCGUCAAUAACAUUGUUGACACUGGAGCUGCUGACUGUAUGCCUACCAGCGACCCUGCUGGUCAUCGAGGGACAUCACAUAUUUGGAGAAAGUGUUUCAUUUUUUGCUUUCUGCUGUUCAUCUUGGAUUACUGUGGAGCGAAAUGCUAACCUAUUCCAAGUGCAUCAGUUUAUUUUGUUGUCUUCUACACUGUAUGUGACGUGUGAAAUGUAUUAUUUAGUCAGGCUGUAUUGGUUUAGCUGAGAUUAGAGACGGACUAGUGACUAAUCAUGCAGAAACACAAACUCAUACUUCACGUACUUCUACUUUGCAGAAGUGUGCAAAGUGCAGACACUGUCAAGUAUUCCAUCUUUAUUUUGGCCUGGAUGCAACCAAACAUCACAAGAGACCUAACACAAUUUUACAUCAGAAGACACUGGUGUCUUCUUAAGCUCCCUUACAGCAUACGUUGACUGAUAAGGCCAAACUCUUUAGAGCAACCAUUACAUUUCUGUUACAGCCACAGUGUCACAUGACUUUUGAUUUCAGCCACGAAAAGCUCAUAUGUCUGAGAUCCCCCCCCCCUAAACACAUAUACCCACACAAAAAGACAAACACACUUCAUAGAAUCAGCCGGGGUAUCAUUUAAUCAAGAUCUGCAAAAAGCUGUAAAACAGUGGCUCGCGGUGGCAAUGUCCCUUUUGCUUUCUUAAACCAAACUAGAACAGAACACAAAGCAUAAUAUGAUAUAUAUGAUCUAAUUAGGUCGUCUUUUCAGAAUGCUCCAUGGUGCCGCAGUCAGUCGGGAUAAAGUGAGGCUGAAACUAUGAAAUCUGACUCCGAACUGAGAAAAAAACAAGCCAAGCAUUUCUAACAAACGCAAGUUGUUGUUGUAAGCACUUUGCAUACGAUUAGAUACAAGGCAUUUGAAUGGGGUUUUCCACUUGAGUGGCAGUGGUUUGGACUCUAAUUUUACAAAUGGAUUGGCGCCCAUUGUACAGCUUAAGACAAAACGCUCUGUUUCAAUGCUGAUAAUCCAGCUUGGCACUUAGCAGACUGUAUAUAAAUCUCCAAUGCUGUCUUUCUCUGUAUAUACAUUUUUUUUCCUGGCUUUUCUUUCCUGCCCAGUCAGGGAGCUAACAAAUCCACGUGGCUUCAAAACUGUACAGGCUGACAAUCAUUUUCUUUUCGUUUCCUCUUGCUUGUUUCUCUCAAAUUACAUGAAAAGCUUGUGCGAGGAGUUUCUCGCCUUACCCAGAUCUCACAGGGGAAAACUCACACUCUGCACAAAGAGCACACAGGAGGCUAUAGGAUGAGAAGCGGGAGCUUAGCUGGGACAGCUUUGAAGUGAGAUGCAGUGAGAGGUUAUUAUACCUUCAGCCCUUCUGAGAGAUGCCCAGAUGCCCAGAAAUAUAUUACAUUUGGCACCAUGAUGUCUGUCAAGUAUGCUUGAGCCAGUUUCUUUUUUCCAUUUAUUUUCCAUAGGAUUUAUGAGUGCAGGACCACAUUUUUAGCUGAAUAUCGGCAGAAGUCAAUUACAGUGUAGCUACUGCUACAGUGACACAAUUUUCAUUUUUAUUAUUAUUUGCAUAUAUUAUCCAUUAUUUUACAUCCACAGCAUCCAAAGUCAAAAAUGUCCCCCCAUUCAAAACAUCAAGCACAAGACACACACUCAACAAUAAAACAAGCAAAUUUGCCUCCCGUCUAAAGGUUUCAGUUUUCCUUAUCUGUUGCCGCUCCCACACUGAUCCAUACAUGAUGCAUUUUCCCAGUCCAGAGAAUCUGCACUCUGCAGAGCAAACAUAAAUAUUUGAUAGGCCCCAGCCUUCUGUCCCGACCCCCCUCCCGUACAGCAGCAGCCACAGUGGGUCUGAGAGCUCCAUAGGAUGCGAGUGCCAUGUACAUCAUUGGGAAUCGAAGCCUGUGUGGGAAAUCUGACCUGUUCACCUGUGGACGCUCGCCCUGGCCGGUGCUGGCGGUGCCUGUUUGUCCGGCCAACAGGCAGAUGCCAGGGCAGAACAGAUGAAUAAACACAAAGACCCACAACGAUUACAAAAGGGGUUGCUGCCCUUUCCUGAUAAAACAAGAGCUGCGCUUCCAGAGCAGAGGAUACAGUUCUCUGACUUAAUUAAUUAAAGGACAGUAAUGUGGUGAGACACCAAGGUUAUGAGCAGUGUCAGGUAGAGGAUAGGUGUUUGUAAUGGAGUCUCUGCCUGAGUGAAGGUCUCAUUUGAAACUCUGGAUCGAUCAUAAUGACCCUUCUUUCUUUACUGUGUAAAUGCUUUCUAUGAAUCUGUUUCUCUCUUUCUUUCUCACCAAGGGCUGGACUGGGUAGUAUUUGCAACCGUCCCCCAGAGUUUGUUUUAGCCUGAAGGGCACACCGGGGAUGCUGUGUGGUUUGGUUUUGCUGCGUCCAGUGUACAAUAAGGCCACAGAGAAACUGAAAAGCAUUUGAAAGUCAAAUGAGUUUGCUUCUGUGAUUGGUUGAAUCGUUCUGUAUAAUGCAAAAAAUAGUUUGCAAAUACUACAGGACCCAGGUCAAUAAAAAAGUACUGAACUCACAUGGUCAUUUGAAGAGUUUGUAUAAAUAAUAAACCAUAAACAUACAGUAAUAGUGAUGAAAAGACAACAUGUAAAUUCUAAAUGGUGAACUGCUAUUUUCAGGCGGUGGCCCUCUGUAUCUAAAAAAAAAAAACUGAAAAAAGUUGUAUUUUAACUGUACUGGUCUGUGAAUCUAUGAUGCUUUUGCUCUGUAUAUUUGGAGAAUAA